AUGGGGGCCACAGGAUACGGAUACUAUCGUGUCCCCAUCUUUGUGUGCAUGUUCAUCGGCUACUCGCUGUACUUCUUCAAUAGGAAAACCUUCUCCUUCGUCAUGCCCUCUGUGAUGGAAGAGAUCGAACUGGAUAAGAACGACCUGGGUGAGACAUUUAUGAGGAUAUUUAAUGUUUAAUUUAACACUGAUCAGGUCUUUAAUGAGGCUUUCUUUUAAUAAACUUGUGUAACACUGCCUAAACCUAGCUUAUGCAGCUUUGUGAACAUGCACAUUGCAGAUAUAUUUGCAUGAACUGUUGCAAAUGAAAAAAAGCCUCCAGACCUCUCCAGUGUUUCAACCGUGUUGUUCUUUUGAUGCUGAAUGUAUGCUCCUCUGUCCACCGUUUGGCCACUUGUGCAGAUGUAAUGUAUUCAGUUUCUGUUUCAGCACUUUGCUAUGUGAGGCAUCUGUUUGGGUAAUGACAGAGACUCUCUUCACCCCGCUUGACCUCAAUAACAGACAGCUCCACAGAAAUUAUAUUUACCAAGAGUAAAGUAUGGAUUACACAGGGUGCUCACAUCAGAUUGGGAUCACUAAAAACAACAUUUUAUAACACUGUUAAGUUGUAUACCUUUAUGGUAUAAAGACUUAUCCUCACAGUUUGCAUAUUACUCUGACUUGCUCUAUAUGUUUUUAAACAUUUUUCUUUCUUCUAGUUUGAAAAGAGUCUUAAACUUUAGUUUGAGUGAAACCUUUCACAGCACCCUUGUUUUGAGAAAGAAAGCGAAACAAAAAUAAAAAUUUAGUCGCUUUAAGCUAGAUGCUCACAAAUGCAAACUAAUACAUUUUCACUGACAAAAUGACUGGUCAAAAUGUGGUCACAGUCAGGCCAGGCUUGUAUAAUUAUCGGCAAAUAUAAAUAUCCGAUCUGGACUCAGUAAUUGUUGAUAUUCAAUAUAAUUAUAAAACAUACUGGGUUGGGGACCAAAGAAGCGGAUAAGAUUUUUUUAAUUUCGCUUUCUUUGUUUGUUAUUGGUUCAUAGACUGAUAGUAAUGAAUCACAGAAUUAAAGUUCAUCAACAGCAAUGGAGGAAGUGCUUUUUGUGCAUCACUUAAGACCAUAUCUUCAGAAACAGGAGACCCUUCAAGUGGUCACAAAUAUGUUUGUAAGUUCCUGUUAUAGUCUGGCCUAAACUGUGAGACUUACACACUGACCAUCCUUAGAUUCUGUAGACCUUAAUACAUGGUUGAUAAUGACUUUAAGUACUGAGUGUGUUUUAUUGUAGUUAUGGUAUUCAUGAGAACAACCUUGACCAGGUAGAGAUCAGUAACUUUGACUGGACUGGUUUGAUUUUGUCAUUAUUUCGACGAUUCAUUCAUCACAGUUGUUCAGUCAGUCCAUGUCUCCUCUACUGAAGAUGCUCUAAUACAGAUGUACGUGUUUUUGUCUCUGCAGGGCUGAUCACCAGCAGUCAGACCAUGGCCUACGCCAUCAGUAAGUUCAUCAGUGGUGUGUUGUCCGAUCAGAUCAGCGCUCGCUGGCUCUUCUCCAUCGGCCUCUUCUUGGUGGGCGGCAUCAAUGUGGUGUUCUCCUGGUCCUCCAGCGUGGCCAUGUUCUCUCUGCUCUGGUUCAUAAACGGCCUGGGACAGGGCUGCGGCUGGCCUCCCUGUGGGAAGGUCCUGCGCAAGGUAAGAUCACUAAGUUGGCCGUGCCAUGCCAAACCGAUCCUCCAUGAUUUGUGGUGCCUCAGCAUAAAGCAAACAUGUACAACAAUUUCUGACCACUGUUUGAAUAUCAAGAUAGAACACACCUUGAUAUCCUCCCACUGUGAUAAAUACAGUCAUAACACACUGGUGGAUGCAGGCUGACUGUGCUGGUAUCCUGUGUUGGAGCUUAGAUGUGCAGAACUGAUUUGGUCAGUGAAACCUCAAAAUUGAUGUCACCCUUUUUCCAUUUUCCACAGAGCACAUUUAACUUACUGCAGCAAAGAUCCUUUAAUUCAGCAAAGCAUGAUGGUAUGAAGCAGAUAAUCACGGUCAUUGAAAGUUCAACAACUCUUGUGUCUGUUUGAAUCAAAAACUCCCAGAUGAGUUUGGACACUGUUUUCAGUAUUAAUAAAAACAGAAUGAAUAGUUAUAAGAUUAUUCAAACACUUUACUGAACUGAAAAUAGUUUAAGGACAGCGUAUCAAAUGUUUAAACUGAACAUUUUCAUGUUUUACGAUAAAUGCCAAUUUGCCCAUGCAGCCCUUGAUGCCAGCAGCAUGUUUCAAAAUGAUAAGACAGGAACAAGAAAAUAAUGACAGAGUUGUUAACUGUAAAAAAAAAAAAAAGAAAAAAACCCUCAAGGAAUACUCCCCAAAUCAAGGGGGUUAGUUUAAAACAAGUUUACAACAUACAUGGAGAUAAAAAAGGCAUUCAGAGAGGCUGAGUCUCUCCGAAGGAAGGAUGGAAAGAGUUUAACCACUCUGUGAGAGACUGCAUCAGCAAAUACGUCAACAGUUUCAGAAUUAUGUUUCUCAGCGUUAAAUUGCAAUUAAGAAGUGAAAUUCAUUAUUUUUGGUACAUAAUAUCCUAUAAAGAUAAGAGAAUCUGGAGAAAUCUCUGUACUAAAGAAACCCACAGUGGGUGGAGUGAUCUUCAGGCCUUCAGGCAGCUCUGGGUCAAAAACAGACAGGACUCUGUGGCGUCAAUCACUGCAUGAGCUCAAAGUGACAUUCAUCUGACACUACUGUCUGUGAGCACAGUUUGUUACUGCUUUUACAAAUGUACAGAUAUAGGCGAAAACUCAAACACACAAAGACAAAAACAAGUGUUAACAAGAUCCAGUAACACUGGUGACUUCUCUGGACCUGAAACCAUGUAAGAUGGACCGGGGGAUGUAGAAAAGUGUCCUGUAGCUCUAAAAUUUAAAAUCUGGCAUUCCUUUUGGAAAUCAUGGACAAGGAGAGGGACCGCAAGCUAGUUAUCAGAGUUCAAAAGCCAGCAUUCACGAUGGGAUGAAGAUGCAGAAGUGCCGAUGGCAUGGGCAGUUUACAUUUAGGGAGGCACCAUAAAUGCUGUGCAAUAUCUACAGAUUUUGAAGCAUCUUGACCAUAGACUGUAUAUAGAAUGGACGCCUUCUGCCUCCUCACUGGGUGACACCACCGCGAGAACAGCACCCUCUGAUGAUGGGCUCCAGUAUAGGUUAUAAAUCCCGCCUCCUCCAGCAAUCCCUAUGGAGCUGUGGACAAACUUUAGAAAUUAAUUACACAAAUUAUACAUUUUUCUCCUCCCUGCUUGCCAUGUUGACACGUAGUUACUGUAAGACUGGUUUUUCCUCAUUUUUAAAAGUUAUUAGGGGGUUCAUUUUUUCUAUGAUUGAUACUUGAUACAGCCUAUGGGCGUACAAAGAUUGUGUAUUCAUCCAGGGGAUAAACUGUUUGAGCUGAGCGUCAUGACGGCGAUUCUCUGUGACUCUUCGACUGAAUGCAUACAAUGCUACUGCGCAAGUGAUGGUUCCAGGAAGUGGAGAAAAUCCCAGAAAUACCGAAGGCAGUUCGGCUUCAAAUUCAUAGAAUGGCGGAAGGCAGUGUCAAGUUGUCCGUAGUUUAUACAGUAUGAUCCUGACUGUGACUUUUUCUGUAGUAGAAGAGUCUGGGUGCUAAACUGGCCUGCCUGCAGUCCUGACUUGUCACCUACUGAAAACAUGGAGCAUCAUGAUAAAAAAAAAAAAAAGAAAUAAGACAAAGAAGACCUUUAGCUGUUGAGCAGCCAAAGUCCUGAAUCAACAUUUCACUUUCACACUCUAGAAACCGGCCUGCUCUCAUCUGUUCCCAAACAUCCACAGUGGAGCGCAGUAAUAACAAUACAGUGAAAACACUGUCUGUUGCUCUCAACACUAAAAAAACAUUUCGUGUUGGCUACAUUGAUUUCAGGGAUGGUAAUAAAAAGGUGAAACCCUGCACCUGCUCUCAGCUGUAUUGUCUGUGUUUUUCUCUCUGGUCUGCACGUCUGUUAGCUGUAAAAGUGUGCGCAGGAAUUUCCUGCAGUUGUUCAGUGCCACUGACCUUUGGGUCAGAGGUGGCACCUCUAUGUACGUUGAGAUACCAGCUAUAUAUCAACACUUAUCAGCACAGGCCAGGUAUAUUUCUAUAUAUUUGAUUACCCAACAGUCUUUAAUGUCCACUGAACUGUUGGUGGCAUAUAAAAGACUUCAAUGUAAAGACUGUUCAAGCAUCAAAUAGCAGAAUGCAUCAGACAUCUUUAGUCUUGUGAGGAGCUGCUUUUAGUAAGAGUGUGCAAAGGUGGGGAAUAAAUAGGCUUUGGCAUGUGUUCAGCAAGCCCACAGGGAUCAGAUUACAGCAGGGAGUAUUUAUAGGAGAUCCUCAGUAAAUCUCUCCAAAAGAAGAUAACUUUGACCAAAGGUUUUCUUUUUCUCUUUUAGUGAGAGAGACAUCUUCAAACGUGUGCCUCAUCUCUGCAGCUCCUGUUUGCAGCUGAGUCAACAUGCUCACACUGAGGAUACACGCGGGGUUAAACCAGCCUCUGAGCUGCUUUACAUGUUUGCUCAGUGGAUUCCCUAGUUACUACUCAGUUGGGUUUCUGUGUGAGGAAAACUUCUGGCCCACUUCAGCUGUAUUACAUCAUGAGGGCGUGAGGCUCUGACGCCAUUUGUCCUGAGGCAGUAAAAAAGAGAAGAAUAGGAACAGUGUUUUAGAUGCACGAGGAAAAGCUUCUGUAACGUUUCUACAUGCUGCCAACUCCCAAAAGCUUUCUCACAGCCGAAUAAUAAAAUAUAUUAAAGCAAGACAGUGCAGGGUCUGGAUAAGCAUUCCCAAAGAUCAGAGGGAAAAUAGCACUCAGUGAAAUAGCUAAUUAGCUAAUCUUUUCAAGUCCGACUGAUCACACUUUGGUUUCAUUAUCUGUAGAGCACAUGGAGGUAGUGAAGAGCAGAUUUGCCUUUGGUUUGCCUGCUUCAUACUUGUCUCCAUACUAAAAAAAGCUUUUAACGAGUCAAAUUUCAGUCAACUGAGGUGCUAAUAUCUCACUCAUCUCUACAGGUAACAAACAAAACGCUCAUUUCAAUAAUAAUACAGUAUUAUUUAUAAAAAUCUGACCUGCUCUCAUGCUUUAAUCAGAAGUUGACGUUCACAAAUGAAAAAGAGAGAGGAAGACGGUAAAGCAGGUAAGAGAAGUUGAGGUUUUAUAAGGAAACUAUGGAGAACCGGUAAGGUCAAAUAACCAGCAAAACUAGGAAAUAAGACAUUUCUGAUUGUGUCACAACUGUUGUGCUCUUGAGAACUUAUUAAUACAUCCACACCUCUGCACAAAUAUGCAGGAAGGUGCCAGAUUGGCUCUGCCCUCAGCUGAAGUUAUGCUGUUCUCUUCUCACUCUGUGUGUCUCUGCCCCACCCUCCAUCACAGCCACAGCACCACUGACUUCUCAGUGUCAGGUUGACAAACAGUCACAUUUUGUGAGGCCCUCUAAGCAUCUUAUCAGGACUGACAUGUCACCUUUAUGUCUCCUUCAAACAGGAUGAGAGCAGAGUAGAGAGGAAGCAGUGUCACCUGAUCCCUACAUGUCAAUCAGUCCAGAUCUGGGGACCGUUAACAAGGAGUUAACAAAUACUGCUCAAUGAUUGACGCCCAUGAAAUGACAAGACUAAAAAGAAAAUUAACAUUUCCAUACAGAGAGCACAAGCUCUGUGAUUGCCUAACACCACACACUAUACUCUUGUGUAGCUGACACCUUUAUCAGGCUAAAGUGGGAUGACAUUUCACUUUUCAAGACUUGAGAAACUUCUGAAAGUUUCUAAAGGGGGAAUUAUUUCAUGUUCAAACUGACAAACCUUAUUAUUUUUUUUUUUAAAUACUCACCCAUUUUUAAUUUGAUGCUGCAACAUGUUCCAAAAAAGUUGGGACAGGGUCAUGUUUACGGUUGUGUUACAUCAGCUUUCCUUUGAACAACGCUCAGUAAGCAUUUGUGAACUGAGGACACUAGUCAUUGAAACUUUGAAGGUGAAGUCUUUCCCACUCCUGAAAAAGACUUUGCUCUGAUGGCUGCACAUGUUGUUUCUAACCCUGUAUGUACUUUCAGAAUAAAUGGAUCCUUCGCAGAUGUAACAGUUAGCCAUAGGCACCAACAACGAUCUAAAUUGUGGACUCGUCAAACCACAGCACACUUUUCCACUUUGCAUUAGUCCAUCUCAGAUGUAAGAAGUAAUCUUAAGUUCUCUUAAAUGUUCAUCAGUGUGAAGACAAACUUGAAUCAAGUCUCAUUACUGUUCUUUUGUGGGUUUGGAUCUCUGUGUACAUGACCAAAAGUAUGUAUAAUGUACAGUAUACUGGUUAAAAACGGCUUUUGCAGUAAGAUGAGUGUGUAUUCUCUGUCUCGAUCUAUAUUGUUAGAUUAUAAAAUGUUCACUGUUUUCUGUCGGUUCUUCUUCUGUCCCUCAGUGGUUUGAGCCGUCCCAGUUUGGUACCUGGUGGUCCGUCCUGUCCUGUAGUAUGAACCUGGCCGGGAGUAUGGGUCCCAUCCUGGUCACAGUGCUGCUGCAGUAUUAUGACUGGAGGACCAUCAUGACCAUGUCGGGCAUCUUCUGUGCAGCUUUCUCCUUGGUUUGUCUGGUAUUUGUGAAGAACGAGCCAAAGGAUGUGGGUCUGCCGAGCAUCGAGGCUGCAGCUAAGAAGGGAUCAAAGGGAGGUGAGUAAGGAGAGGAGACAAGGGUUGAGAGUCUGUGACACGGAGCCAAGUCAGUCUGUCUUUUUCUUACAACAGCCAAAAUAAGAGAUUUAAGAUGGAAUGUGGAAAUACCAAGUAAGGGAAAAUACACGGUGUACAGGUGAUUGAACAAACUCUAUUCCCGUCAGGGUGAGCAGGAUCCUCACAUGAAGGAUCUGUUGAUACUAUGUAGAUGUUUGAUUACUCAUCAUGUUGAUAUCAAAGUGAAAAAAAAACCUUUUCAAUCAUACAUAUGUGUAUCUGUGUGUGAUUCAUGAACAAACAAAUAUUCCAGGGGCUGAGAGGAAAAUAGAAUAAAAUAAAAUAAAUUGAACUGUAUUAAAGAAUCAGGAAUUUCAAUGUUGGGUAGUAUUGUACAAAGUUAUGUUGAGACUACUGCAGCUACAAGAUCAGCCUCUGCAGCCCCCACUCCCCCCUGUCUGACAGUAGACUCUCCACACUUUGAGGGUGUUUGUAUGGACAGUCCAGUCAGGUGAAUUUUCAGGUGAGAGCCUCAGAAGUCUUCCUAAGUGCAUCUCUGAGAAGAGCUGAUGUGACAACAACAACAAAAAAUCCUUCAGUGUCUUUUUCGUUGUCACCAGAAGGGGGCGAUGUUGAUGGGAAAAUAAACCAAGACUUUGAGGGGGUCUUGUUUUCUGAAGGUGGUGGCUGUGUGUUUAAGGGACGUGUCAGAUCAUACAGAGUGUAAACAAUCAGACACCAUUAUCACCUUACAUCAAAAUGAUUAAUGUGCCAUGACUGCACCAUGUGAUGCACAUACUUUAAAGAAUAAGUCAGUCAUACAUUCUCAUGACUUUGCACUGUAUUUAUGUACGUAUCAGUUACCAGUGAUUGCCUCCCUGUCUGUGCUUGGGCUCUUCAGGAAACAGUGAGAGCACCCUGAAGGAGUUCCUCCUCUCUCCCUUCCUGUGGGUGCUAUCUCUGGGUUACCUGGUGGUGUUCGGGGUGAAGACGGCUGCCACCGACUGGGGACAGCUGUUCCUCAUGCAGGAGAAAGGACAGACUGCUCUCAUGGGUAUUCAAUUCAACUUUGUAAAGGUCCGCAGAGAUUAAAACCUAACCUUGUUGUAUUUGCUGACCUCCGUGUUAUUUCACAGGCAGUACUUACAUGAGUGCCUUGGAGGUGGGAGGUUUUGUGGGCAGCCUGGCGUCAGGUUUCAUCACAGACAGAGCUGUGGCACGGGUGAGUGACAGACAGUGAUGAAUAAGCAAAAAUAGUCAUUGAUAAGAGUUGAGUAUUGAAAAACAUCCUGUUUUUUGGCUUCUUCCAGCAAGGUUUAGGCACUCACGGUAACCCUCGCCAUGGUGUGCUCAUCCUCAUGAUGGGCGGUAUGUAUGUGUCUAUGUACCUCUUCAGAGUCACCAUCACUCCUGAAAUCCCAGAGGUAACUGCAAAGUUAUUUAUGUCAUCAGCAAACUUGUGAAAAUCAAAACCUGUCUGUAGUUAAAAAAAAACACCUCUCUCUCUUCAGGAAGCUCCUCUUUGGGUUCAAAUUAUUCAUCCUCUGUCUGUUCUCAUUGGUGUGUCAGAAAAGGAGGUAUGGUCCACACAUUUUACUAGAAUAAACACAUACUGGCCUUAACCUUAGAAAAGCUUUUUCAACUCUUUCUCUUUGGUCUCUCACAGAUCUGGAUCCUCUUCCUCGGUGCUAUGUUUGGAUUUUCUUCUUACGGACCAAUCGCCUUGUUUGGAGUGAUUGCCAGUGAAAGUGCUCCUUCAAACUUUUGUGGAACCUCUCAUGCUGUUGUAGCUCUGAUGGCUAAUGGUAAGCUGAAGAUCCAAUGAAGAAUAUGUCUUAUACUGUGGUAAUUUAGCAUUUAUUAGUCAGUUUUACAACUCCAGUUAGUGUACAAUGUCCAAGAGAGUGUGGAGACUGUGUAAAAUGUUCAUAAAAUCUGAUUUCAAGGAUGAUUUGAAUUUCAUGUCAGCAAGAUAUUUCAAGACAGUUGUGGCAGGAGCACAUUCACCAUUGUGCUGCAUCACCUCUUCUUUAUCAUCACCCUGUAAAUGUUUGGGGACUGAUGAGACCAGUCUGGAGUUUGAAAGUGAAAUGAUCUGCUCUGUUAUAUGAUUUCAGCUGCAGCAGCAGUUUGGGGUCUUCUUUGUUGUAAUUUUUGAGUCAUGGUAUGUUAAAUGUUUUCAGUGAGUGACAAGUUGAGACGACAGGCAGUCCAGUCCAGCACUGAGACUCUGCUACUACAGAGCCAUGCUGUUAUGACAUUCGCCAAAUGUAGUUGGCAUCUUCUUGCUGUGAUAUGCGAGGUCUUGCCUGUGAAACGAAUUGUCCUGAUGGCAGUGUUGCUCCCGAACCUGGAUAAAUUGUUCAGCAUUUUUCCAGUUUUUCAAACAUCCUGUGCUGUGGGGACUCAACCAUCCCCAUACAAUCGCAAAUGCUGGCUUUUGGACUGUGCACUGUUAACAAGACGGGCUGUACUUUUCCUUUUGGAGCAUAAGCUGCAGCAUCCAUGAUUUCCAUAAAGAAUGUCAGAUUUUAACUUGUCAGACUGCAGGACAGCUUUCCAUUUCACUUCCGUUUUAAAAGAUCUCAGGUCUAGAGGAGUCGCCAGCUACCAGUACAGACAUAUCUGUUUUUAACGCAGUGCAGCAAGGGCCCAAAGACCACAGCCAUCCAGUAUCAGUUAUCAGCUUAGUCAGGAACAUUAGUCCAACUUUGCUGAACUAUCUGCUGAUGCAGUCUCUCACAGAGUGGAGAAUCUUUUCCCAACUUUACUUCUUAGACACUCAGCUUCUCUGAAAAACCCUUUUUAUACCCACUUGUCUGACUAACCUGCAAAGUAACCUAUGCAGUUUUACGUUUUUUACGUUUUCUCGACCCUGGGGCAGCUGUGUUGUAAAAUCACAAAAUGUUGAAAAUCCAACAAGAUUAUCUUUGAACCAUAAAAAUAAUCCAGACUUUGUUGACUCUUGUUAAAGAGGGGGAUUUGGACCAAAAUUGACCAAAUUAUGCUGUUGUGUGAAACUCAAGGGGAAAAAAAAUUGUGGGGUGCAAAUUGCAGCAGAAAUCACACAAGGUGAAAAGUGCUCUGAACACAGGGUACUUGAAAGCCAUCCCAUCACACACCCACCCCAUAGGGUUCCCAAAUGACCCCAAGCAUCAAGAUAAGGGAAGAUAUACAGGCUGCAAUAGACAACAAAUCACAGGGUUAUACAGUAGGUUUCUCUCUUCACUGGUGUGUCAUUGAGUAUGGCACCAGAGGAGACACCUUAAGAGGCUCAGCAGUAGGCCCUUGUAUCCCAAACCUAACCCCCUUCCAGUGCUCACUGAAUCCACAAGCAGGACCACUUCAUUUAACAACACAACCCAUAAAGCAUUGCCAUGUUUAACAGAACCAGACUAUAUACAUGCAAGUUCAAUGUCGUACUUAGUUGAUUCUUCCUGCCACAACAGAUUAAACAGCAGCUUUUAUUUCUUCUUUUUACAGUGGGUGCCUUCAUGGCGGGGCUGCCCUUCAGCAACAUUGCCAAACAGCACAGCUGGGACAUGGCUUUCUGGGUAGCAGAGGUGACCAUGGGCGUCGCCACCAUUGGCUUCUUCCUGGUACGCAACAUGCGCACUAAGAUGGGACGGAUUGCAGAAAAACUGGACUAA